GGGUUCGUAAAAGUUGUGAAGAACAAGGCUUAUUUCAAGAGGUACCAGGUUAAAUUCCGCAGAAGGAGAGAGGGCAAAACCGACUACUAUGCCCGCAAGAGACUGGUCAUCCAGGACAAAAACAAGUACAACACCCCCAAAUACAGGAUGAUUGUGCGUGUCACUAACAGAGACAUCAUCUGCCAGAUUGCCUAUGCCAGGAUUGAAGGCGACAUGAUUGUCUGUGCUGCCUAUGGCCACGAACUUCCCAAAUUCGGUGUCAAGGUUGGGCUGACAAACUACGCUGCAGCCUAUUGUACAGGUCUGCUGCUGGCUCGCAGGCUGCUGAACAAAUUUGGCCUUGACAAAAUCUAUGAAGGCCAAGUGGAAGUUACUGGAGAUGAGUACAAUGUGGAGAGCAUUGAUGGGCAACCUGGUGCCUUCACCUGCUACCUGGAUGCCGGUCUCACCCGGACCACCACUGGAAACAAAGUCUUCGGCGCACUCAAGGGAGCCGUAGAUGGAGGCCUGUCCAUUCCUCACAGCACCAAACGCUUCCCUGGCUAUGACUCAGAGAGCAAAGAAUUCAACUCAGAAGUCCACCGCAAACACAUCCUGGGCCAGAAUGUGGCGGACUACAUGCGCCUUCUAAUAGAGGAAGAUGAGGACGCAUACAAGAAACAGUUCUCCCGGUAUAUAAAGAAUGGUGUCACAGCUGACCAAAUGGAAGACAUAUUCAAAAAGGCUCAUGCUGCAAUCAGGGAAAACCCAGUCCACGAAAAGAAGCCCAAAAGAGAAGUCAAAAAGAAGAGGUGGAAUCGUGCCAAAUUGUCCCUGGCACAGAAGAAAGACCGCAUUGCUCAGAAAAAAGCAAGCUUUCUCAGAGCUCAGGAGAAGAUUGCCGACAGCUAA